UGGAUUGGCGGCAAGGCAAGAAAAAAUCCAAUGCUUGAAGUGCAGUUCAACACUUCCAAAUCUUACAACUGCAGGGAAGGAAUAGUUCACCAAGAUGAUGAGCAUGACAUGAAGCUACGAUCCCAUACGCAUCUUCCACAAGUGGACAGCUUAAAUGACUUGGAAGCCUCAAGUUUCUCGACCUCCUCACUUGUUUUACUUGUUUAAAGCAGCUGCAGCAGUCCACACGCUAUAUAAUCUCACCACAGCAACAAGUUCGAACAGCAAACCGCAAGCAUGAGGCUCGGCUUCCUCCUUCCUUGCAUCACCGUGCUGCUUGUUACUGGUAACGUGUGCAAGCUGGCACAUAAUUCAUCAGCGUUGCCCCUCUCGACGAGCUCCCGGUGGAUCGUCGAUGAGUCCGGCCUGCGAGUUAAGCUAGCUUGCGUCAACUGGGUGUCCCACCUGGAGCCCGUGGUGGUGGAGGGCAUGGGGAAGCAGCCACUGGACACCAUAUCCAAGAAGAUCGCCGCCAUGGGCUUCAACUGCGUUAGGCUCACUUGGCCUCUCUUCUUGGUCACCAACGACUCCCUGGCCGGCCUCACCGUCCGGCAGUCUUUCCAGGCUCUCGGCCUAAUGGAGUCCAUCGCCGCCAUCCAAGUCAACAACCCAGAUCUUCUCAACCUCACGCUCAACCAGGCAUUCAAGGUCGUGGUGUCCAAUCUUGCUGAUAACAACAUCAUGGUGAUCUUAGAUAACCACAUCAGCAAACCCGGAUGGUGCUGCAGUAACUUCGACGGCAAUGGCUUCUUCGGCGACAAGUACUUCGACGCCGAAGAGUGGAUCAAGGGGCUCACAAAGAUGGCCACAAUGUUCAACGGCUCGCCCAACGUAGUCGGCAUGAGCCUGAGGAACGAGCUCAGAGGUCCGAAGCAAGGCGUUACUGAAUGGUACAGGUAUAUGCAAAGGGGUGCGGAAGCAGUGCACUCGGCGAACCCCAACGUUCUCGUCAUACUGUCGGGCCUCAGCUUCGACAACGACCUGGGCUACCUCUCCAAGAAGCCCGUCGAGCUAACGUUCCAAGGGAAGCUCGUCUUCGAGCUGCACUGGUACGCCUUCUCCGACGGCCAGGCUUGGGCGAAUGGAAACCCUAACCAAGUGUGUGGGCGAGUAGCGGGGAACGUGAUGAGGAGGGCAGGGUUCUUGCUGGACCAGGGGUGGCCACUGUUCUUGAGCGAGUUUGGACUGGACCAGAGAGGCACAAAUGUCAACGACAACAGGUACCUGGGAUGCAUGAUGGGGGUUGCAGCUGAACUGGAUUUGGACUGGGCAUUGUGGACCUUGCAGGGGAGCUACUACAUCAGGCAGGGUGUUCUUGCCAUGGAUGAGACCUAUGGGUUGCUGACCUGGGACUGGUCCAAGCCCAGGAACUCCGGCUUGUUGCAGAGGAUUCAAGCCAUCCAAUCUCCCUUUCAAGGUCCAGGUCUUUCUGAUCUUUCACCGUACAGCAUAAUCUUCCAUCCAUCAACUGGGCUGUGUGUUCUAAGGACAUCUUUGCUUGGACCAAUUGAGUUAGGCCCCUGUGAUGAAUCAGAAGUUUGGAGCUACACAGAGCAGCAGACUCUGACAUUAAAGGAUAAGCUCCUUUGUCUGAAAGCUGAUGGCACAGGGAAGCCAGCCAGGCUUGGAAUCAUCUGCAGCGACACCCAGUCAAAAUGGGAGUUCAUAUCAGACUCCAAGAUGCAUCUGUCAACCAAGAUGUCCAGUGAUGGCUGCAGCCUAUGCUUGGAUGUUGACCCCGAUGGCAUCAGCAUCAUCACGAAUCCAUGCAGGUGCUUGACGAAUGAUCAAACAUGCAAUCCAGAGAGCCAGUGGUUCAAGAUGAUAAGCAGCACGAGGAAGACUGCGAGCAAGAACUCCAUUCUGCGGUUGCCUUCGCGACCUGAAAUUUGGAGGUUCGUGAGGAAUCGAGUCCUUGAAUCCUCCAUGUGAUGAUUCCUUUGACUUGUGGCUGCAAGUUUGCAAGUUUCUCAUGUACGGGAGCUCUGUUCCGACCAAAUGUCCAAAAAUAAUCUGAAAUAAGAUUUUUUUUGUGCUUCUCUA